AUCCCUUUCUCCCCUCCUCUGUGUCUGCCCUUCUCAGAAGUUAGCUUACAAAGCAAAGUUGUAACUUUGAAUUCCUGUUUUUCCAACCACCCUCAUGUGACAGGAUAUCUCCUUAUUGGAGGUUUUCACUAAAUUCAGGAGCCCUUUAAAAGGGAGAGCUUCCCCGGGGCUGCUUUUCAGGGCCAUUGGGAAGGGAUGAGGUGAGGGGCAGCAGGUGCCCUGAAUUGUCACGGUUCUUUUCACACCCUCUUCUCCAUCAGUGAAGGAAAGGAUCAACUCUGGACCAUGACGCCGUCCCUGUCCCUGCUCCUGCUUGUCGUCUCUGUCAUUCCAGCUGCAGUUCAGCUGCUGGACACUCGGCAAUUUUUAAUCUAUAAUGAAGACCACAAGCGCUGUGUGGAAGCAGUAAGUUCCAGUGCAGUCCAAACUGCAGUUUGCAACCAGGAUGCUGACUCUCAGAAAUUCCGAUGGGUUUCCGAUUCCCAGAUCAUGAGUGUUGCUUUUAAAUUAUGCUUGGGGGUGCCAUCGAAAACUGAUUGGGUGGCCGUCACUCUAUAUGCCUGUGACUCACAAAGUGAAUUUCAGAAAUGGGAGUGCAAAAAUGACACACUUCUGGGGAUCAAGGGGGAAGACUUAUUUUUUAACUAUGGCAACAGACAAGAAAAGAACAUUAUGCUGUACAAGGGAUCUGGUUUAUGGAGCAGGUGGAAGAUCUAUGGGACCACAGAUGAUCUAUGCUCUCGAGGUUAUGAAGCCAUGUAUACGCUACUGGGCAACGCGAAUGGAGCAACCUGUGCGUUUCCAUUCAAGUUUGAGAAGAAGUGGUACGCAGACUGCACGAGUGCUGGGCGUUCAGACGGAUGGCUCUGGUGUGGAACCACUACAGACUAUGACACAGAUAAGCUGUUUGGAUUUUGCCCACUGAAAUUCGAGGGCAGUGAAAGCUUAUGGAAUAAAGAUCCGCUGACUGGCAUUUCUUACCAGAUAAAUUCCAAGUCUGCUUUAACUUGGCACCAAGCAAGGAAGAGCUGCCAGCAGCAGAACGCUGAGCUCCUGAGCAUCACCGAGAUCCACGAGCAAACAUACCUGACAGGAUUAACCAAUUCCUUGACUUCCGGACUCUGGAUUGGGUUGAACAGUCUGAGUUUCAACAGUGGCUGGCAAUGGAGCAGUGGCAGUCCUUUCCGAUAUUUGAACUGGUUGCCAGGAAGCCCAUCAGGUGAACCUGGAAAGAGCUGUGUGUCACUAAAUCCUGGAAAAAAUGCUAAAUGGGAAAAUCUGGAAUGUGUUCAGAAACUAGGCUAUAUUUGUAAAAAAGGCAACACUUCUUUGAAUACUUUCGUUAUUCCCUCAGAAAGUGAUGUGCCUGUUAGCUGUCCUAGUCAGUGGUGGCCAUAUACAGGUAACUGUUACAAGAUCCACAGAGAGAAGAAAAUUCAGAGGGAUGCCUUGACUGCGUGUAGGAAGGAAGGUGGUGAUCUAGCAAGUAUCCACAGCAUCGAGGAAUUCGACUUCAUCAUCUCCCAGCUCGGAUAUGAACCAAAUGAUGAGUUGUGGAUUGGCUUAAAUGACAUCAAGAUUCAAAUGUACUUUGAGUGGAGUGAUGGGACCCCUGUGACAUUUACCAAAUGGCUUCGAGGGGAACCAAGCCAUGAAAACAACAGGCAGGAAGACUGUGUUGUGAUGAAAGGCAAGGAUGGGUACUGGGCAGACCGGGCCUGUGAGAGGCCCCUCGACUACAUUUGCAAGAUGAAAUCACAAACGCAAGGUCCAGGAAUAGUGGAAAUAGAAACAGGCUGCCAGAAAGGCUGGAAAAAACACGGCUUUUAUUGCUAUUUAAUUGGACACACACUGUCAACAUUUACAGAAGCAAACCAAACUUGCGUAAAUGAGAAGGCUUAUUUAACAACCAUUGAAGACAGAUAUGAACAAGCAUUCCUGACUAGUUUGGUUGGGUUGAGGCCUGAAAGAUAUUUCUGGACUGGACUUUCAGAUGUACAAAACAAAGGGACCUUUCAGUGGACCAUUGAUGAAGAGGUUCGGUUUACCCACUGGAAUUCAGACAUGCCAGGGCGAAAAGCAGGGUGUGUGGCCAUGAGAACUGGGAUUGCAGGGGGCUUAUGGGAAGUUUUGAGGUGUGAUGAAAAGGCAAAAUUUGUGUGCAAACACUGGGCUGAAGGAGUCACUCGCCCACCAGAGCCCACAACAACUCCAGAACCCAAAUGUCCAGAGGACUGGGGCACCACCAGUAAGACAAGCUUGUGCUUCAAGCUGUUUGCAAAAGGAAAACAUGAGAAGAAAACAUGGUUUGAAUCGCGUGAUUUUUGUAGAGCUCUGGGUGGAGAUCUAGCUAGUAUCAAUAAUAAAGAGGAACAACUGGCAAUAUGGCGACUCAUAACGGCUUCUGGAAGCUACCACAAAUUAUUCUGGUUGGGACUGACAUAUGGAAGUCCUUCAGAGGGUUUUACGUGGAGUGAUGGGUCUCCUGUUUCAUAUGAAAACUGGGCUUAUGGAGAACCUAAUAAUUACCAAAAUGUUGAAUACUGUGGUGAAUUGAGAGGUGACUCUGGUAUGUCCUGGAAUGACAUUAACUGUGAACAUCUUAACAACUGGGUUUGCCAGAUACAAAAAGGACAAACACCAAAACCUGAGCCAACACCAGGUCCUCAAGACAAUCCACCAGUCACAGAAGAUGGGUGGGUUAUUUAUAAAGACUACCAGUAUUACUUUAGCAAAGAGAAGGAAACUAUGGACAAUGCACGAGCAUUUUGCAAGAAGAAUUUUGGCGAUCUUGUUUCUAUUCAGAGUGAAAGUGAAAAGAAGUUUCUAUGGAAAUAUGUAAAUAAGAAUGAUGCACAUUCAGCAUACUUUAUUGGCUUAUUGAUCAGCUUGGAUAAAAAAUUUGCUUGGAUGGAUGGAAGCAAAGUGGACUAUGUGUCGUGGGCCACAGGAGAACCCAAUUUUGCAAAUGAUGAUGAAAACUGUGUAACUAUGUACUCAAAUUCAGGGUUUUGGAAUGACAUUAACUGUGGUUAUCCAAACGGUUUUAUUUGCCAACGACAUAACAGCAGCAUCAAUGCCACAGCUAUGCCUACCACACCUUCAGUCCAAGGCGGUUGUAAAGAAGGCUGGGAUCUUUAUAAUCACAAGUGCCUCAAAGUAUUUGGAUUUGUUGAAGAAGAAAGAAAAAGUUGGCAAGAGGCACGGAAAGCUUGCAUAGGAUUUGGAGGAAAUCUGGUCUCCAUACUGAAUGAAAAAGAGCAAGCAUUUAUUACCUAUCACAUGAAGGACUCCACUUUUCACGCCUGGACGGGACUGAACGAUGUCAAUUCAGAGCACACAUUCCUUUGGACAGAUGGGCGAGGAGUUCAUUAUACAAACUGGGGCAAAGGUUACCCUGGUGGAAGAAGAAGCAGUCUUUCCUAUGAAGAUGCCGAUUGUGUUGUAAUUAUGGGAGGCAAGUCAAGGGAGGCAGGAAAAUGGAUGGACGACACCUGUGAGAGUAAGCGAGGCUAUAUAUGCCAGAUGCUUCCCGACCCUUCUUUGCAUAAUCCUCCAGCAACAGUCCCAACAGAUGGCUUUAUUAAAUAUGGUGAAAGCAGCUAUUCACUCAUCAAAUUAAAGUCAGAAUGGCAUGAAGCAGAUAAAUAUUGCAAGCUUCAUACCUCCCUUAUUGCUAGCAUUCUGGACCCCUAUAGUAAUGCAUUUGUAUGGAUGCAGAUGCAAACACUGAAUGUACCUGUGUGGAUCGCCUUGAACAGUAACUUGACAAAUAACGAGUACUCCUGGACUGACCGAUGGAGGAUGAGGUACACUAAUUGGGCCACUGAUGAACCCAAACUGAAAUCAGCGUGUGUUUAUCUGGAUACUGAUGGCUACUGGAAGACAGCAAGUUGCAAUGAAAGUUUUUAUUUUCUCUGCAAAAGAUCAGAUGAAAUCCCUGCCACUGAACCUCCACAACUGCCGGGCAGAUGCCCCGAGACACGGCACACUGCAUGGAUUCCUUUCCAUGGUCACUGCUACUAUAUCGAGUCCUCAUACACCCGGAACUGGGGCCAAGCCUCUCUGGAAUGUCUUCAAAUGGGUUCCUCUCUGGUUUCCAUUGAAAGUGCUGCUGAAUCCAGUUUUCUGUCAUAUCGGGUUGAACCACUUAAAAGUAAAACCAAUUUUUGGAUUGGAAUGUACAAAAAUGUCGAAGGAAUGUGGCUCUGGCUAGACAACAACCCUGUCUCCUUCGUGAACUGGAACACAGGAGAUCCUUCUGGUGAACAAAAUGAUUGUGUAGCUUUGCAUGCAUCAUCUGGGUUUUGGAAUAACAUUCACUGUUCUUCCUACAAAGGAUAUAUUUGCAAAAGGCCAAAAAUUGUUGAUGCCGAACCUACUCAGACAUUAAUUACCACAAAAGCUGACUCAAGGAAGAUGGAACCUUCCAAACCAUCUUCCAGAGUGGCAGGUGUGGUCAUUGUGAUCCUCUUGAUUCUACUUGGUGCUGGCUUGGCUGCCUAUUUCUUUUAUAAGAAAAGACGUGUGCACAUACCUCAGGAGAGCACCUUUGAAAACACUCUCUACUUCAACAGUCGAUCGAGUCCAGGAACCAGCGAUACCAAAGGUCUCGUGGGCAACAUCGAACAGAAUGAACAUGCAGUCAUCUAGUGUUAUCAUGUGAUUUCGAUGUAUUUGAAUGUUAUAAAAUUAUAACUGAAAUUUCAAAUUCUCUCAUUUGAUUGUUUUCUUUAAAAUGAGUACAGUAUCAUACUGGUCUGUCUUUAUUCUUUGCCUAUUUGGAGAAAUAAUUGCUUGUUGUCUAACCUGGGAAGAUAUUUUCACCAAAAAAAUGGGAUAAUAAUGUUGAUUAUGACUUUUAAAAAAUAUCUUUUUUUAAAGGUGAAUUCACAGUACUCCAAUGCCAACAUUGAAGUGUCAUUGAUGUCUAGCUAGUGACAACUUCAUGUAGAUGACGUGAACUCUAGAACACCCAGCUAAGCCUCUUGCAGUAUUUUCAGGAACUUCCAAAGAUAUGUUACCUAUCAGAUUGUAAUUCCACAAUUAGAACACCAUAAAUGGCAUAAAAAUGUGGUCAGUUUUCUCCUUCACCAGUCUUGAUUUCCAUCCUAUUAUUUGGAAUUGUAUUUGUGCACAUGCAGAAGAAUAAGGCAGCUGAGAAUUCUGUCCUCCCCAAGCAAGGUUUUACAGGCUCAGUUUUGCAAAUGUGUUCUUUGUUCUGUUAUAUGUAUAUUAGAAAUGCAAAGAUGUGAAAUAAAAUGUAAAUGUGCAUAACUGAAAUGUACUUAGAUAAUGUGAAAUAAACAUUAAAGAUAAGGUCUAUUUUUAAUAGACUUGCAUUUUGGUGACCUCGGUAAAUGUAAAUUGGUUUUAAAAUGAAAUGUAUCCAUUUGCUUUACACUUAAGUUUACUCUUGAAAUAAGUAUUGUUCAUACAGGAAUUCUUUCCGUUGAAUUUAUCAUCUAUUUGGAAAAAGAUAGGUUUUCGAAACACCAUGUUUAAAAUGAAAUUUUUUUUUUAACCAUCAUGACACAAACAACUUCCUCAAAUUUUCCUUUAGUAACAGUGACUCAGUGUAGAAUACAACAAAGGCACUCUUGAGAGUUAGAAUUCUAAGUGUCUUUUUUCCUUUAGAAAUUACUUUUUCCUUAAAAAUUUUG